AUGGAGCGGCAGAGCGACUACGAGGCGAGAACCGCCGAAACUUUUCGCUCGCAGGCUGCGCUUAUCAUGGAGGUAGCGGUUGAGGCGGCCGCUGAGGUCCUGCAAAGGACCCUCGCCGGCGGGCAGGGGCAGGCACCGGGCGGCGCUGAGCUUAAGUCUCAGCUAACAGCCAUUUUGAGUGUAGCGACGAAGGAGGCCAUCCGACAAAUCUGCACCGUGUUCAGCCAGCUUCUCAACAGCCUAGCUAAAGACAAUGACACCUUGAAGGACAAAGUGGGACGAAUGGAGGCCGAGCUCAGAGACAAACAAACGUCUGCGGCCGAAAAGACAAAGACAGCAGAUACCAAGCGACCGGUCGCUCCUCCCCCUAUGAGUCUCACCAUGUCCAUCAUUAACUCUGCCAAAGUGUCUGCUAGCAUAGCGAGUGGCGCCAGGGGUGCUGCUACAGCUCAGGUUCCUGUGGUUAUGAUUAGCCAACCACUUCACGAUACGUUCAAGAUCCCGAGUGGCCCACUGACGACACCGUCCGAGCCUAAUUUCCAGGAAUGUACCUCAGACGAAGAAGGCACAACCGUGAUGUCACUUCCAGCUGCAAAUGAACAGCAGAAGCCUGAGGAGUUGGUGGUCGCCACAGAUGAGAUGUCGCUUCAUGUUACGGAGGUUGAAAAGACUGAAACGGUUAUAGUGAAAUCAGAAGAGGAGAUGGUGGUGGCUCAUGCUCUUUCAGCAGCCGUGAGCGAGGAAGACCUGAAGGAGCAGGAGAAUAAGCGUCGGCGCGAGCUCUACAAGCACAAGCGCUUUUUCUGCGAGGUGUGCAACAAAGGUUUCCACCAGCAACACCAGCUGAAGAAACACGCGUCACGCCACGUCAAACCUUUCCCUUGCACGUUGUGUGAUAAAGGCUUCUAUCAGGCCAAGACGCUGCACAAACACCAACAGUUCCACCGUUUGCGUGAAGCCCAAGAGCGCGACCCAGAUAACAUGUUAGCAUGCGAGCAGUGCGAUCGUAAAUUCCGCAUGGCCCGCCAGCUGCGCGCCCACCAAGCGUUCCACCGGCUGGAAAAAGCGCCGCUCCGCUGCGCCACCUGCGGCCGCACUUUCACCUCGGCGGCCGUGCUGCGCUACCACGAGAUCUCGCAUUCCGACGUCAAGCCCUUCAUUUGCGACGUGUGCGGCAAAGGCUUCCUGAGGAAGAAGAGCUUGCGUGAGCACCAGACGGUCCACACGGGGGCGCGGCCGUACCCGUGCCAGACGUGCGGUAAGCGCUUCUCCACCACCGGCAACCUGCGCGUUCACAAGCGCUCGCACUCUGACGAGAGACCCUUCAAGUGCGGCGAGUGCGACAAGACCUUCAAGUGCCGUAUGGGGCUGCUGCAGCACCACGUGGUCCAUUCGGGGGAAAAGCCCUUCGUCUGUCAGACCUGCGGACUGAGCUUCGGACUCAAGUACAACUUCCAGAGACACAUGCGCCUCCACAGCGGUGAAAAACCCUUCAAGUGCGAGAAGUGCGGCGAAGGAUUCACCGGCACGUGGGCACUAAAAUCGCACAUGCUCGUCCACGGCGUCGAGAAACCCUUCAUGUGCGACCUAUGCGGCAAGACCUUCUUCUACAACUGCCAGCUUCAGAAGCACCAAUUGCUGGUCCACGAGAACAAGGAAUGCGGCAAAUCCGGCGGCACGAAGAGGCGCAGGCGGCCUUCAUCGAGCGUCAACGGCUUCAUCUGCAAGAGUUGCGGCAAGAGCCUCAGCAGCAUCAGCACGCUGCGCACGCAUGAAAAGAGCCACGCCGAGCACAAGGAGUUCAUCUGCGAGACGUGCGGCAAGUCCUUCCACCUGCGCCACCUGUACAUCUACCACAUGCGACAGCACAGCGGCGAUCGCCCGCACGUCUGCGGCGUGUGCCAGAAAGGCUUCUUGCUCCAGUCGCAGCUUCGCCAGCACGAGUUACUCCACACGGGUGUCAAGCCGCACAAGUGCCAGCAAUGCGGGAAGGCCUUCAGGACAUCGCAGAAUUACCACCGACACCUCCUGGUGCACACGGGCGAGAAGCCCUACGAGUGCGCCACCUGCGGACGCAAGUUCCGACAGUCCAACCAGCUCAAGUCGCACAUGCAGAUCCACACGGGGGUCAAGCUGUACUCGUGCCAGAGCUGCGAGCGGGGCUUCUCCGACUCGAGGCAGCUCAAGAAGCACCGUUGUGGCGACGGGCUGAAUGGCUCGCUCAAGUCGGGAAGUGAAUGCAAGAAAGAGACAAGCCAAGUUUUCCAGUGGAGUGACGGUUUUGUUAACCAGUGA